GAUUCCUUUAUUAAGAGACUUCUGCACCUGUUGACAUUCAGACAUUUGCAGCUGGGGAAGUGCUCAGUCCUCUAUUUCUCCAGGGUCAACCACAGGAAGCUUCCUAUUUCAGUAACAAUUUUGUCCUUUGUCAAUUGGAAGAAGAGGCUGGGAACUCCCUUUGGAAGAAACACAUAUGAGCACACAAUUUUCAGAACAGAUGUGUUGCUUUGAUGGAACUGAGAAUCUGUGAAGUUUGAACAAGCGGCCUUCCCAAGAUGUACCGAAUAUCUCAACUGAUGUCAACACCAGUAGCAAGUCCUUCCAGUUUGGAAAGAGAAUAUGCUGGACAGUUGUCUCCCACAUGCAUUUUUCCAAGUUUCACCUGUGAUGUCCUGGAUGGUGACCAUUCUUUUGAAUACUGCUCCAUAAGUCCCCUGACAGGCUCCCACUAUACCUGUCGCCGAAGUCCCAGACUCCUCACCAAUGGCUACUACAUUUGGACCGAAGACAGCUUCCUGUGCAACAAAGAUGGCAACAUAACUCUGAACCCAUCCCAGACCCGUGUUAUCUACAAAGAGAACUUAGUUAGGAUAUUUAGAAAGAAAAAGAGAAGCCGCCAUCCCUUUUCUUCUCUCUUCAACCUCAGCACUUCUAAAUCUUGGCUGCAUGGAAGUAUCUUGGGUGACAUCGACUCUUCUCCAAGUGAGGACAACUGGUUGGAGGGGAUCAGGAGGUUGGACACAGACCACCACAAUGGAGAUGUAGGUGAUUUGGACUGUUCUUCUCUGCCUGAUGACUGGGAGUCAGGGAAGAUGAAUGCAGAGUCUGCAAUAACCUCUUCCAGCCACAUCACAUCUCAACCUCCUGGAGGAAACUUCCACGACUCAUCUCUUCAUUCCCAGUUGACAGCUUCUGAACAUUUCCAAGAGAGUAAUUCAGAUCAUUCAGAAACCAGUUUGUUGCAAGAAGUCUGCUUUCAGGCAAUCCUACUUGCUGUGUGCUUAAUGAUUUCUGCAUGUGCAAGAUGGUUUAUGGGAGAAAUCUUAGCCAGUGUCUUCACAUACUCGUUGAUGGUAACUAUAGCUUGUUUAUCAAAAUUUGACAGUCAUUUAGGAAUGCCUUUGAUGAAUGUCCUCCAUCUGGAUAUCUGCAAAUUGUCCAACUUGCAGUCCACUUGGAAUCAGGUGUUUUACUGGAAGGGAGUAAGCGAAUAAUUGAGAAAAAGCCAUGUUAGUUUGCCUAUGUGAUUUUUAAAGGAUCUCAGUUUUUCCAUCAAAAUUAUAACACGCUUAUGAAAAUAAUAUUAAUUUGCCUUUCCUUUGCAAACACCAGCAAUUGAAAGGGAAAGGACUGAGGAAUGUGAUGGAGGGCGACCGCCUGUAAUAAAUGUUCCCCUGUGAUUCUCUAAGGCAGUGCUUCUCGAGCAUUAAUUUUCAUUAGGAAAUUCUGUGAGGAGCUUGUAACUGCAGAUUUCUGGGCCUGCCACAUGCACUUAUCCCUCGCGGAAUUGCUUAAUAGAAUAAUGAAAGUAAAUUUGUCUAAUUAAUACCAACUUGACAACUUGAAUAAAAAUAAAUGCAAUUUGUACAUAAAAUAUAAUGCUGCAAAAGUGUGUCAUUCACUCCAGUGGAGUGACUUGAUAUUAGGUGGCAACAGUAGGUGGUGGUUGGUAAGAAAAUGGAUGGGAAAUGAGCAUUUUCUGAAUGUUAUAUUCUUUUGAACCACUUUCUAAACCAAGUUUUUAAUCUUCUUGGGGCUUGUAAUUAUCUUUCACUUAAAUUGCACUUAACGACAUGCCACAGAAAAAUGCCUAAGGGCAAAAUAAAGGCAAAGCACCAGAGUGCUUUGAAAUGCAUGAAAAUGGUGCGCUUGACUUGACUCGAGGGCUGUAGAAGAUGUUCCCUUUCUACCCCCCACACUUGGUGCAUGUUCGCAAAGCAAAUAUGGCCUGCAAUUCGAACUAUCAAUUUGUUCUAUGUAAUAUUCUCUGAGUAAAAACUCUUACAUGCAGAAAAUUGUCUGUGCUUGAAAUGGUAAUGCCAAAAUAUAACUUUGUGUAACAUUUGCAUUUAUUGCACUUUUGGUUAAAAAAUAAACCAAUAAAUAAAUGGAGUAAUCAGGAAA